CUCGGAGCCGCCGGGGCCUCUGCCGGCGGGCGGGUCGUGCCCCGCCGGCCAGUGAGCGAGCGGCAGAGCGCUGCCGCCGCACCCCGCCCGGAAGGCCGCCGGAGCCGGACGCGCCCUGGGCCCCAUGGCCGCGACCGCGCCGCUGCGCGACUGCCAGGCAUGGAAGGAUGCAGGACUCCCGCUGUCAACCCCCAGCAAUGAGGCCUGCAGGCUGUUUGACGCCACCCUGACCCAGUAUGUCAAAUGGACCAAUGACAAGAGUCUUGGUGGCAUUGAGGGCUGCCUGUCAAAGCUCAAAGCAGCAGAUCCAACCUUUGUGAUGGGCCAAGUCAUCUCUAACGGCCUCGUGCUGAUUGGCACCGGAAGCUCUGUGAAACUGGACAAAGAGCUGGACCUGGCUGUGAGGACGAUGGUGGAGAUUUCCGAAACACAGCCGCUGACGCCGCGGGAGCAGCUGCACGUGUCUGCGGUAGCGACCUUUGCCAAGGGGAACUUUCCGAAAGCCUGUGAGCUCUGGGAACAGAUUCUCUGUGACCAUCCGACAGACAUGCUGGCCCUGAAAUUUUCCCACGAUGCCUAUUUUUACCUGGGCUACCAGGAACAGAUGCGAGAUUCUGUGGCUCGAGUUUAUCCCUUCUGGAAACCCGACAUCCCCCUUAGCAGCUAUGUGAAGGGCAUCUAUUCUUUUGGAUUGAUGGAAACCAACUUCUAUGAUCAGGCAGAAAAGAUGGCCAAAGAGAUGCUGGGAAGGGCUCGUGGUGACAGGGAACAGCUGCUGCCAUCCGGGCCCCCCAUGGCCUGCAGAGCCGUUACUCGGCGGACUCCCUCUGCAGGCCCAGAAGAUGACAAGGCCCGGGCUUUAUCUGUUGACCCAGCGGAUGCGUGGUCAGUGCACACCAUUGCCCACGUCCACGAGAUGAAGGCAGAGAUCAAGGAUGGACUGGACUUCAUGCAGCGCUCAGAAGCCCACUGGAAGGACUCUGAUAUGCUGGCUUGUCAUAACUAUUGGCACUGGGCUUUAUAUCUGAUAGAAAAGGGCGAGUAUGAGGCUGCGCUCACCCUUUACGACGACCACAUUCUCCCCAGCUUGCAGGCCAGCGGGGCCAUGCUGGACAUGGUGGAUAGCUGCUCCAUGCUGUACCGGCUGCAGAUGGAAGGAGUGUCUGUGGGUGAGCGGUGGCAGGACCUCCUGCCCAUGGCCCAGAAGCACAGCCGUGACCACAUACUGCUGUUCAAUGACAUGCACUUCCUGAUGGCAUCCCUGGGCGCUCGGGACCCCCGGACCACGGAGGAGCUGCUGGCCACGCUACAGGAUGCCAGCGAGUCCCCAGGGGACAACUGUCAGCACCUCCUGGCCCAAGACGUGGGGCUGCCCCUGUGCCGGGCCCUGGUGGAGGCUGAGAGUGGAAACCCCAACCGCGUCGUGGAACUGCUCCUGCCAAUCCGCUACCAGAUCGUCCAAAUCGGAGGCAGCAGAGCCCAGAGAGAUGUCUUCAACCAGCUGCUGAUUCACGCCGCUUUAAGCUGCCCCUCCAGCACCCACAGGAGCCUCGCCCAGAGCCUUCUGAUAGAGCGCGAUGCCUUGAAACCCAACUCACCCCUGACCUCGAGGCUCAUCCGAAAGGCAGCUGCCGUCCACCUCCUACAGUGAGCAGGCCUGGCCACUCAGCAGAGAGCUGCUGCUGGCUGGCUCCACUUUGCAGGUUUAGAAACAGCUGUGGUCUGCUUGUUGUGCCUAUUGAGGGCAAUCUGCAGCUUUAAGCAGAGAGUUACAGGAAUAAGGGACACAUAUCAGCUUUAAAUAUGAUUCAGAAUCCUCUUCUAAUCCUUAAGGGCCAAGGUGCAGUUUUAAGCAGUCAGCUGAUGUGGGAGCUGCUACCACUUGCUUUGCACACCGAUGUUCCCAGGGAGCUCUUACACCCCAGUGUCCAGAGAUUGGAAGGGGGGUGUGGGGUUAGUUCGCGGAGGAGGCUUCUCCACACAGCCCUCGGGGGACACCCCUGCCCCCAGGACACCCUGGGACCAACCCUGUCAUUUCAUCUCUUUAUCACAUGCUACACAGGUUCUUUGUCCUACCUUUUGGGUGAGGGUAUCCAUGGCGGAGGUGACUUGCCCAGGGUCACAGCUGGCAGAGUCCUCACUGAGAUUUACCUCAGCCACCUGUCCUUCCCAGGAGAAGGAGCCCCCCCUUGCCGUCUGUGGUCCCAGCCCCCCACGGCUGCCCCCACUGUCCUCUUCACAGGAGCGGCACAUGGGGUGACCCUGCCAUCGGGGAGAAGUCUGUGAGCUUCCUGGGGGCUUUCCUGACACUGAUUCGGGCUUGUUUUCUCUCUCCUGAACUGCACACUGUGAAGGGACCUCACAUACAUGGCGUCCUUUGUCAGCUGUGACUUUAAUGAUACAAAUGCAUGUACACUGAGCUGGUGGGCUUUCUGGGUAGUAGGGGUUCAGCUCAGGGGUUGCCCUGUUGUGGCCAAAAAAAGCAUUGUGACGAGUGGCUUUAACAAGAUCUGAGCCAGUUUUAUAAACUGCUGCCUCAUUGUCCUGGCCUCACAUCCCUCCCGAGUGAGCCGCACGUUUCAGUAGCAUGUGCUGUGUGAGUGCGAGGGCCGUCUCAGCCCACAGAUAUUUCUCAGGGUUCUUCUGUGCAUACUGAAAUUAGGCAGGGACUCUUCGGUGCUGGGAGGUGGGGAAGACUCCAAAUUGAUUAAGCAAAUUCCUGGGAUUAAAAUAAAUUAGUUAAUUCAUUCCUUUGACUAACUGUUGCUGGGCAGGGAUAUUUGAGCAUCUUCCACAUGCCAGGCUGGUCUGGGUCCUGGGGAGAACAGCUUCUCCUUGAAUUUGGGAUGGAGGUGGGACAGUAAGUCGAGAAAAUAGGUAAUUACAAUAGGACUUUGAGAAGGCGCUGUCUUUACCCAGGGGCUAAGGACAUAUCCUGAGGGGGGCCUGCCCUCCCAUCCUGACCUGUCCUUUCCUGCCAGUUCCCAGCAGAGCCUGCUCACACCCCACCUGCCCUCCCCUCUCCUGUUCCAAGCAAGAUAAAACUUAGCCAGGGAAGCAGGAACCCUGCACCUCCUCUGGGAUGCCUCCCACUCCCUGUCUGCAGGGCGUUGGGGGUGCCUCCUCUGUCCCACAGCCCUUGGCAUUUGCCCUUGCUAUUGUACCUUUCCUCCCAGCUGUGACCUCCUUGGGUCAGGGACAGCAUCUGUGUCCCAGCAUCACCAGCACAGGGCCCACACUGAGCACUUGUCAGUAAAUGUUGGUGAGUGAACCCAUGAAUGAAUGCAAAAAUAGGUGAAGCAGAAUCCGCCGGGGGUAGGAAGCAAUGAACCUACAGUGGGAAGGCCAAGCAGAGAGAAGGAAGAUGUCGUUCAGAGCUACUGAGCGCCUACUAUGUGCUGACACUUUGGGGAGAGGGGCAACAGGAGUGGGUGUUGGGGACCCUCACUCUGAGCAGACGUCCCGGGGGCUGUGGGGAUCUGACACCUGGACCACCUGACACGCUGGACUCCUGCUGCAGUUGCACGGUCAUGAGUCAGGCCUGGGCCUUGGGACCGGGGAUUGAGCCCAGGCAGGGCCAAAGCAGCCACUGCCUUCAGGAGGAAGGGAGCCUGGGGCUCCGAGACUGGUGGGCCCCACAAGGCCAGGCUGCCUGAGGGUGUGCAGGACCCUGGAGAGGCGGCUGGCAGACCACCUGGCCCAGCGCCCUCCCUCAAGCCCGUCACUAUCCAGGCCUGAAGCCACGGCCACUCCUGGACUUCCCUAUUCCUUGAGCCAAUAAAUUCUCCUCUUUCUAAA